UUCACGCAUUGUAAGAGGAGAGGAGCAACAGUGGCGUGUGUGGGAAGACAAUGACCAUGUAGCCUUUUUGACCCCCUUCCCUAACACACCUGGCAUUACAGUUUUGGUGCCAAGAAGACCACUAACAAGUGACAUCUUCCGUCUAGACAGGAGUGACUACACAGCAUUGGUCUUGGCAGCACAGAAGGUGGCUCAACUUGUACAAGAAGGGAUGGGUGCUCGAGGAGUGGCUCUAAUGUUUGAGGGGUUUGAAAUUGACUAUGCCCAUGCCAAGCUGAUUCCACUUGUCACAAAGCCUGGAGAUAUGCUGCCUGCAGUGCCCCUCGAGUUCUGUCCAAUCUACCCUGGAUAUCUAACUUCAGCAGAUGGUCGUCCAGCAUCUGCAGAGGCUCUGAAAGACAUUCACACCAAGAUGACAAAGACCACACCGUCUCGCACAUGGGAACAACCCCAAAGCCACUCCACAUUAGCCAUCAAGAGCCAGUGGUACCGCAAUCUUUUUCAGAUCCAAAAUACCCUGUUCCACAGCACAGUUGAGUACUUUAGUAACAAAUGCAAGUAUGCAUAUGCUCUUACACCCAUCACAACUGAUACAAUUUCAUCACCAAUGGGCCUGGGGUCAGACUCAGAGCCUGUGUUUGUCAAUAUACUAGGGCAAGAUGUGUAUUUAGCUGACUCCAUGCAAUUUGCGCUGGAAUAUGUCUUGCGUUUCCAGGAAGGACUUCCAGGGACAUAUUAUUUGUCUCCCAGUUUCAGAGGAGAGGAUCCUGAUGCCACCCAUCUGAAUCAGUUCUACCAUAUAGAGUGUGAGCUACUUGGUGACAUGGAUGAGGCUAUCAAAAUAGCAGAAGGUUUUGUGGCUCACAUGACUCAGGCAAUGUUAAGAAACCACUCCAAGAUCAUUGAGAGUUCCGCAGGAACACUGUCCCAUGUACAAGCCAUGCUAAAGCAGCUGGAGGAACCACUUCCGAGAGUGACUCUGGACCAGGCCAUUACAGUGUUGCCCUCUGCUGACUGUUUUGAAUGGGUACAAGAAGGGCAGCCACAGUUUGGGAGAAAGCUAACCCGCAAAGGAGAAAGAGUUCUGAUUGAAAAAUAUGGUGGCGCUGUUUGGUUGACUGAAAUGGAUCACCUUGGUGUGCCCUUCUACCAAGCUUAUGUUGAAGGCUCUGACAGAAAGAAAGCAAAGGCAGCUGAUCUGCUCUUGGGGUUGGGGGAGACAUUGGGGCUUGGGGAAAGACACUCUACCCCUGAGAUGGUACAAGAGGCCUUAAGACACCAUGCUGUACCAGAAGAAACAUACGAAUGGUACAUGAACAUGAGGCAAAUCAUACCUCUGUCUACAAGUGGAUGGGGUAUGGGCACAGAAAGAUACCUCUGCUGGCUGCUACAGCACAAUGAUGUGAGAGAUAUGCAGAUCAUUCCCAGGUUGAAGGGAAAGAAAUACAUGCCUUAAAAUACAGAAUUUCAUCAAAGCAACUUAUGAGUUUUGAAAACCUGAGGCCAUCUUGACAGCCAAAGGCA